AUGAAGUCUCUCCGCUUCCUGGCGUCGGAGGCGUUGGUGGUGAGCGUGGUGGAGGCGGAGGCGGAGGUGGAGGAGAGUGUGAGGACAUUGUCGGUGAGUGUGUACCCGCAGGUGUUCAAGGCGUCUUACCUGCACGAGCAGGCGCGCCUGCUGAGGGCUUUGGUGCGCACCUGGCCGCUGGCGGAGCUGCACCUGCAAAGGCUGCUGGGAAAGACGGCCGACUGUCACACCGACCUGACCUCACGCACCUGUCACACCUGCCUGGAGGCCAUCUUCACUGGACUACAGGACUACGUGUUGUCCCCGCCUACCACAUACGGCAAAGUCCUGCGCCUGGUGGACCUGACGGCCCUGAAAGACGUGGAGCACCAGGCGUGCCCGUGCGGGACCACCAUGGGCCGCUGGGCUCGCACCCAGCUGCUGGCCAGGGUGUGCCAGGAGACGGCGGUGGCCAUGCAGGCGUGCGAGGUGUCGGCGUGCGCGUGGGACAUGUCCAUCGAGGUGCGGCUGAACGGCCUGGUGACGGGCCGCAGCUACGAGCAGGUGUCGCAGGCCUUGCUCCUGCACCGCCUCUGCCCCCUCAAGAUGCACUUCCUGGGCUUCCGGGCCGACUCCCUGGCGCCCAGGCAGUUCUUCUACGUCCUGCGACUGGCCCGGCCCGAGCUCUUCACCUCCCUGGAGGUGGUGCACAACGUCCCGCUGGAGGCGGCCCACCUGGAGGUGCUGCUCUCCCGGGUGGAGUUCCCCCGGCUGCGCUCCCUGGCGCUGCCCGCGGGGGCGCUGGAUGUGAGGAGGCUGGGCUCGGAUGAGGACGACCUCCUGGCCACGCUCGGCCGCCUGCUGGCACGACUCACCCGCCUCACCCGUCUCUCGCUGGGCUUCUCCGUGCUCACUGGCCACAUACGCAGACUGCUCAGUCCUCUCUCCACAGCACUGGAAAGUCUGGAGUUGUCCAACUGCUGCCUGAGCCGGGUGGACAUGACCUACCUGUCCAACAGCCUGCACAGUGAGAACCUGGUCCACCUGGACCUGAGCGGUCACCAGGUCACGGCCGCCUUAGCCGCUCCCUUCCACAAGCUGCUGGGCCGCUGCUCGUCCACGCUGGCCACGCUGGUGCUGGAGGAGUGUGGCGUGGAGGACGCCCACGUGGACGCCCUGGUGGGCGCGCUGAGCCGCUGCCGGGCGCUGGAGGAGCUCAAGCUGCUGGGCAACCCUCUGACCUCUUGGGGGCUGCGGGGGAUCUUCUCCGCCUUGUCCGCUGACUUCCCCAAGCUGCGGUACGUGGAGAUCCCGGUGCCCCGCGAGUGCUACCCGGAGGACGCCGCCUACCCGCUGGACGACGCCGUCCUUCUGCGGUACGACCGGGCGCUCUUCGGGGAGGUCCGGGAGCAGCUGCUGGGGGUCCUGGCGGGCGCCGGCAGAGGCAGCGUGGAGGUGUGCACCCCGCUGAUGGGCGUCUAUGACGCAGACCUCAAGGAGACCAGCAACGAGCUGGGGGUGUCCAUGCUCAAGUCCUUCCACGCGGUGGUGGAGAACUUCCUGGACACGGUCACGGAGGUGGACGAGCGGAGGAGCCAGAAGAACUGAACGUGUGACUACUUCUACUACGCCAAUAAACACAACACCACCUUUCCAAAUGUACAUUUUAGUGAGGGUUUCUCUUAAAUACCAGUCAUGCUCACACCACUCUUUCAUUUCUUCAUCCACUCCUCUCUUUCUUUCCUCUCGCGGAUCACCUCGUCCAGGUAUGGCGUCAGGUAGUGCUCGUCCUAAACGGGAGGGACACACCUUUGCUCAGCAAUCAUGACACAAAUAACACUUUUUCAUUCAUGCAGAAAUCACAACCACCAUAAAUUCCCGACUAUGAGCCGCUACUUCCCCCCCCUACGCUUUGAGCCCUGCGGCCUGUAAAACGGUGCGGCUAAUUGAUGGAUUUUUCCUGGCUGACUGCCGUCAUGUUUUGUGCUUCAUAGUGGUCAUGAAACACUGGAAUGGUGUGUUUGUGCCGUGGCGCCAUCUUGUGACUGCAGAAUGAAAACAUACUCCCAGCUUUGAUGCCUUAAACCGGAAGUAAAAGCGUCCAUAGCGUUUCUAUGGAUUCCCCAAGUAAGUUUUACAAUAUAACUAAAACUAAAGCGUCUGUAGGAGUGUUUCCGUGCACAUUUGUACGACCUAUCCUAAUGUAAUCAAGCUAGUGUCGUUAGCAUUAGCUAAUAAGCUAACACGUUUACGAGUGUCUGUGUUAGUAUUAUUAACUUACAUUCUUUUUGUAUUGUUUCGUAAACUCACCAAAACGCCACUGUGGAGUUAUCGAGUGUGUUAAGCGGGUCCAUGAUCAUGACUUCUGUUUUGUCUGAGAGGCCGUUUUACUGCCCUGUCACAGGCACCGUUUGGAAACAAUUGAGGUAUGUGAAUAAACAUUUACAGAAUAACUCCUUUGACAAAGUAGAUAUCAGUGUAGUACAGCACGUGUUUGAUACUGAUAACGAUGACUAGUCGUCAAGAAGGUCAAUAACCGAUAUUUGGAGUCAAUAUGGGAAUGGAAAAGUGUAUCAAUUACAGAUCAAACGAUAUGUUUUAUUC